AUGUAUGAAAACAAUGAGAGUAUUGCCGAUGAGUGCGAUAUUAAUCGUAUCCGUGAGGACGACUGGUUUGUCCAGAGAUUUAUCGAUUACUACAACAACGAUGUCUCGGAGGCCACACAACACAUGGUCUCGACUCUGAAAUGGAGAAAAUCUUUCGGUGUUAACAACAGGACCUUAGAUAAGGAUUACGGCAAAGAGUUCUUCAAAAUCGGCGCCUUCUUUGUGUACACGGAGGACAAGAAUGGUAUUCCUCUGUUGUUUCUUAGGGGUAAAUGCAACAGAAAAGUUACUAAAUUGCGAGAACUCAUUGAGAUGUUCAUCAUUGGCAUCAUUGAACAAUUGGACACAAAAGUGGGCAAAAAAGGCUUUAUUCUGGUACUCGACUGUUCCGACUCUAGUAUUAAUAACCUAAGCAUGGAUUUAAUGAAAUUCGUGAUCACAAGUCUCACCGUUUACUACCCGCUGGCCCUUCAAUACGUACUGAUCUAUAACAUGCCGUGGCUUCUGAGGGGUAUCUGGAAACUCGUGAAGGGAUGGUUAGGAGAGUACAGACAUUUGGUGUACUUCGCGAAUGGAGAUGAGAUUGAAAAGUAUGUGGACAUCGAGUGGUUGCCUAAAUAUAUGGGAGGGAAGUGCAAUAAAUCGUUCACUGAAGCACCGGAUAAUUGUCCCACAGUUUAUGAAUUGGCCGAAAGGUAUGGCUUCACGCAAACAGAGGUCAAGAAAUAUAUGAAAAUUUAUGACGACUUGCUAGAAGAGGCCAAACAGUAUAAUUAA